GUUGGCAAGUGGCAACACUUGAAAACUAGCUGUCUUUUAUUUUUAAUUUUUAUGUUUUUUCCAGUUUUUCCCCCCAUUUUUAUCACAAGUUACAACUGUUCUACCGAUUUAGCCAAAUUUAAAAAGAAUUCAUAUAUCUAGGUACAUCCAUGAUUUAAAUAUUGGAUUUAUUUAGUUUAUUGUUUGGUAAGGUAAUAGUUGUUUACUACUUUCGUAUUUUGUGCAAAGAAAUUCGGUUUUAGCCGUAUAACUUACCCAGCUUCAAAAUAUUAGAAUGUUUCCACCCGGUAUUUUUCGAGACACCCUCUCGAAGUACCACUAUGAAGAAGAAAUUUAUGAUGCCUUGGCAAAAGAGGAUAUGUCGGAGGUCGUGAUGACAGGAUUACGUAUUCUGAGGAAAGCGAAUUAUUUCACCACGCCUGCCUUUCAUUGUGAACACUUUGAUCGUAAAACCAAAUCGAAUUCUACAAUAAAACGUAACGAAGGCAAUGAUGCUUACAGGAAUGGCAUUCACCAAAGAGCAUUAGCACUAUACAAUGAAGCUCUAUUGUACGCCCCAAAGGAUUCUAAAGAAAUGAUACUAGCAUAUAGCAACAGAUCUGCACUGUUCUAUAAACUAGAAGCGUGGACUGCCUGCCAUAAUGACAUCAAGACAGUUUUUUCAAUGGGCUGUCCGGGUGAGCUCAAAGAAAAGUUAAUUAAAAGACAAAAUGAGGCAUUGCAACACAUUGAUAGAGAAGCUAUAUUCAAAGGCAUAAUGCGUCAUUCUGCUGAAAUGUGUAUUGAUAAAAAUGCCAUGAGAUGUAACACUCAAGUCCCGUGUGCAAGUUCUGAUAUUAAAAUUGUUACUUCGACAGCUAUGCCUACAGUGGUUGCCGCCACAAACAUAAAAGUGGGGGCUGUUUUAGCAUCAGAACGAGCCUAUGUGAGCUACACUGAGGAAAUCAAUGCGGCAUUCUCUUGUCAUUUUUGUCAAAAGAAGCACCUAAAUUUAAUACCGUGUGACGGUUGUUCCUAUGCACUGUUCUGUAAUGAAGAAUGCAAAAAUAAAUGCAUGAAGGAAUACCAUGAAUAUGAAUGCAAAAUCAUGGAAAUCUCGUGGGAAUUUGAUGAAACGCUAAAUUUAGCAAUAAAAGCGUGUUUCAAACUACAAAAAUCGUGCAAAUCAUGGGAUGAAUUUAUCACUGCAUCCUACAAUAUGGGCAGCAGUAGAAUCAAGUCCAGUUCAACCCAAGAAAUAUAUGACACCAACAACAAGUACUCAAUUUUAUGUUGCAAAGAUGAUAAGACUUUCAUUUAUGGAGUUCUUCAUAAUGCCAGUAUUCUCGUUGCCGUAUUUUUACAUCACCUUGAAGAUAAAAUCCCUUCAUUUCUACCAAAAGAUGCUGAUAAAAGACAACAAGCCAUGCAAGCUAUGGCCAGAAUUAUGAUGUUCAUAGCUGUAUAUCAAACCCCUCUUCACAUAGUUCAGGCCCAAGACAACAUAAGAUUGGAUCAAAGUAGCUACGGAACAGAAAAUUAUGGAUUAUUCUCUUUUAUUUCAAAGCUGAAGAAAUCCUGCAAUUCUAACUCAGUUAUAGUUAACAAUAACAAUACAUUAGUACUGAUAGCUAUUCGUCCUAUUAGAAACGGAGAGGAGUUAACUGUUCCAUUUUUAUGGCACAGAUGUGAUGAUGAUACACCAGAUGCCCACCUGAGACACCUCAAAACAUUUGCAUGUUACGGAACAGUUUGUGAUUGCAGCAGAUGCAAUAGUGAUUCUCAAAUAAAAAUCAACAGAGAACAACUAUCGAAGUUCCAAAGGAAAUUUUUCUUAAAACUGAACUUGAAAGAAAUGGAAUCAAGACUGGGUCACUUAGAAAUAAACCAAAUUUACGAAACGUUGUUGAAAGCUUUGACGGUUCUGCAUGAUGUGCCAAAUUCAAAGGAAUAUAUUGCAGUAUACAGACUUUGGCGUCGAUGUGUCUCCUUCUUUGAAAUUGUGUGUAGUAAUAACACUGUUCUUGACGUUGUUGUCUAGAAUUGUUUUUGAUGGUAUAAACCAUUUAUAAACAAAAUGGAAUGAGAUAUUAAUCUAUAUAUCGAGGGCUUCAUAACAAAAGGGGGUAUAUGCCAAAGCGCUAUUUCUUUUUUGUAAGUUUAAUUAUUAUUUUAUAACUAUCCUUAAUGCUACAAAAAGCUGUGAUUAUUGAUUUGUUGUAAACUGAUAUUCAAGUGCCUUUGAUAUUUUGGAUAAUAAUUACAUUUAACCAUGUAGAUUAGAUAUAUUUAAAAUAACUAAGACUUAAGUUUGUUUUAUAAUUAUUUCUCUUGAUCUCUGUAUCGUGAUGAUCCUCAUUCCUGAUGGUCGUCGCCUCUUCUAUGAACCGCUUGUUAAAAGGGGUUUUAAUUCGCAUAAUAAACUGAUGUUCACAAAUUCAGAUUUUCUUGAAAUAAGGUUUUUUUAGUUUUAAGUAGUAGGUACCUAAGUUGUGAUUCCAUUUACGUACCUAACCUACCUAUUUAGUAGUUUAGAACAAUGCCACUUUUAUAAGUUACGACGAUGUACCUGUGCAGAAAUUUUAUUUGAAUGCCGCGAAAAUAUCUUGGCCAAUCAUAGCGCGCGUCGGUCCGCUAUUGGUUGCUGUCUACGCCACAGAAUAUAUAAUAGUAAUAAUAAACGAAUAAUAACGUAAAGAUAAACGUUUGCGAAUUGCAAGCGAUUACUCGGGAUGACAGAAAAGAUUGGUUCGACUGACAUGGCACGCAUUGUGCUGGUACCAUGCUGGUGCACGAAUCGACGUAAAAACAAGUGAAGUUCACGCGCGCUCGUGAAUUGCAAGAACAGUCAUCAUUAAAAGUAAAAAUACUACGCAAUUAUUAUUCUAUAUUUUUUAAUGCUACCUGCCUGUUUGAAGAAAUUGUAUGUUUAAACUCUUGUUAUGUUUCAAUCAAACAUGUUUGAUAAUAUUAAGGAGGAUAAUAAAAAAAAUUCUUAAAGGAGUAGA